AUGGCGUCCUCGACACUACUCCGCCUCCCAUGUCGUCUUGUCCAACUCCAAACACCUGCUCGGCCACAUGCCUCAGCAUUGCAGCAUGCCCAGAGACAAGUCUUCCGACCGUUCUCGACCCAUCCCAUCCUAUCGCUCGCCAGCUCCCAAGACCCUGAACGCAACCCGCAUCCGCAACGAGAUGCACAACAAGACCGCGACAAGCUGGACCCACAGGCGAACGAGUACGCAAAGUCCGGAUCAGAUGAUACUGCAGCCAAGCAGGACGAGGCGGCCUUUGAUCCGAAUAUCACGGAUCCCCAGGAGGCCAAGAAAAAGGCUGGCGAGGGGAAUCAGGUCAAUCCGCUAGAUGCAAGUCCCGCGAAUCCGGACAUUAGCCAGGGCACGGCGGAGGAAGAGGGCGGUGUGGCAAAGAAGAAAAAGUAG